GCGUGGCUGCGUGCCAGCUCGAACGCCCGGCGCUGCACCUCCACGCACACGAAACCUUGCCGUGCGCGCGGGCUGGCUUGCCGCGCGCGCGUCCUUGGCUUUAAGUACCGGAGGAGCAAGCUCGCCUCUGCCAGACUCAGACGGCGAGCAGAACACACCUGCAGCUGCAGAAAUAGGGUCAUGUCCUGCUAGCUUGAGAGCUCUGGUACGGUGUAGCAAGGUACGGGAGAGAGAGAGAGAGUAGCAAACUAGCUAGGGCACAGGGCAGGGCAGGGGCCGGCUGCAUUAUAUUGGGAUCGGAUCUGGGGGCGACCGAGCUAGCAUCAGCUGAGAGAAGAGAGAGGGGGCAAUAUAUAAUGGUGUUGUUGUCGCUGGAGGCGUUGAGGAAGAGGAACGUGGCCGGUCCGCUGCUGCUGUUCAACCUCGCCCUCUACGUCUCCAUGUUGGGGUUCGCGAGCUGGGCGCUCAACGCCUUCGUCGACCACAUAGGCGACCACCAAUACUACGACCCACCUGCAGGCGACGCGUGCACGUGCAUGGACACGCACACGCCUGCAGGAGCGGCGCCGCGCAGCGCCGGCGACGAGGCGAUGCUCCACUUCCUCCAGUUCGCGCUGCUGGCGGCCGUGCUCGGCAGCGCGGCCAAGGCCGCGGCGGCGUUCCACGCGCGCGCCUUGUGGCGGCCGCAGGGCCUCGCGGCCGCCGCUGCGCUGGGCACCGUCGCGUGGGCGGCCACCGCGCUCGCGCUCGGCCUCGCGUGCAAGGAGAUGCGGGCCGCCGCCGCCGCGGCGCGCGGGUGGCAGAUGCGCACGCUGGAGGCGGUCACCGCGGUGCUGGCCGUCACGCAGCUGGCGUACGUGCUGAUGCUGCACCGCGCCGCCGCCGCCGCGUACGCUGAUGAUGAAGCCGAUGCUACCGCCUACGCCGACGCUGGUGGCGACCAGUGCGAGCCUGGCUGUUCCAUCGGCACCGAGGACGACGCCGACGCCGACUGCCAGCGCGCGCAGCAGCAGCAGCAUGGCCGCCACCACCACCAACCCAGGCAGGGCGGCGGGCCCUCGUGCAGUGUCAUGUGAACUAGCAUACCCAUGCAUGCAUGUUUGGUGGUGUCGCUCUCUUGUCUUGCCAUUUUCCGUGCUCGUGUUUCGUCUCGUGGAAAAUAAGCAAUUUAAACUUAGUUUAAUUUCCUGUAUGUCAUGUGUUCGUUUUAGUGUGUAUGCCUCCUAUAUAUUAUGGUCGUAUGUGUGUGUCGACAUGCUUGUGUCUCUCAGUAUGUGCGUGUGUCUGUUUGUAUGUGUCAGCAUCAGUGUAUGUAAGGGUCGGUUUGGUAAGUUCUAUCUUAUUCUGAUUCUUCGUGAGAAUUAGUUCUA